UAAACCUGUACAGUGUUUUUGCUGCUCCUGCAAUCCACUUUAUUUUAACAAGUGAGCUUAAGGACGGGGACAGUGAGGUAGAGGCGAGGAGCGAGGAGCUAGGAGCUAGGGGAGGAUUCAAGGAAACGGGAGAGGAGUUGAACGACCUGUCCCAGAAGAGAUUUAAGACUCUGAGCACCAUGUUCACGGAGGUGCUGGUUGCUGUGGUGAUUGGAGGAGUGAUCUUCUUCCUGGUUCAGAGGAGCAGAAAGCAGGUUCUGAAAACAGAGGAUGGCUGGUGGGGGGCCGGAGCACCCCCUGAAGGUGGGGAGGACGUCACCAUUAAGCCCUUCAAAAUCACCACCAGUGAUGAAGAGAUCGAGGACCUCUACAGGAGGAUAGACCAGACUCGGCCUGUUCCAUCACUGGAGGACAGCCAGUUUAACUACGGUUUCAACUCCCAGUACCUGCAGAGGGUGGUCUCUUACUGGAGAAAUGAAUUUGACUGGAACAGACAUGUUGAUAAACUUAACCAGUAUCCCCACUUCAAAACCAACAUCGAAGGCAUUGAUAUCCAUUACCUGCAUGUGAAGCCAAAGAAGGUGCCAGAGGGAACGACUGCUCUUCCUCUGAUAAUGGUUCACGGCUGGCCCGGCUCCUUCUAUGAGUUCUAUGGAAUGAUCCCUCUGCUGACAGAACCAACAGACCCCCAUGACCUUGUGUUUGAGGUGGUGUGUCCCUCCAUACCAGGCUAUGGGUUUUCAGAGGCAUCACAUAAGAAAGGUUUUGAUUCAGUUUGUGCAGCACGCAUCUUCCACAAGUUAAUGAAGCGUUUGGGCUUCCAACAGUUCUACGCUCAUGGAGGAGACUGGGGCUGGCUGGUCACCACCAACAUGGCUCAGCUGGAGCCCAACACAGUCAAAGGCUUGCAUGUGAACUUUGCCCCGCCAUCCAAACCAGGGUUGCCCGUGGCUUUAUCCGUCAUGCUCGGCCGUCGCUUCCCUAAGCUAUUUGGUUUCACCGACCUGGAUGUUCAGCGGCUCUUCCCCUGCGUGGAGAAACUGGUGGUGGAGUCCAUCAAAGAGUCUGGCUACAUGCACAUCCAGGCCACCAAGCCUGACACUGUGGGUCGAGGACUCAACGAUUCUCCAGUGGGUCUGGCUUCCUACAUACUGGAGAAGUUCUCCACAUGGACGAGCCGCGACUUCAGGAACCUGGAGGAUGGAGGACUCACCAGGAAGUUCUCUCUGGAUGAUCUGCUGACUAACGUGAUGAUCUAUUGGACGUCUGGCUGCAUCAUCUCCUCCAUGAGGUUCUACAAAGAAAACUUCAGCCAAGGCCUCGACCAGCCUCACUCAAAGAUACCUGUGUACGUCCCCACUGGCUUUGCCUGCUUCCCCAAUGAGCUGAUGCACACUCCAAAACUCUGGGUCAAACAGAAGUAUAGGAAACUCGUGACCUUCACGCACAUGGCCCGCGGUGGCCAUUUUGCCGCCAUGGAGGAGCCCCAGCUGAUGGCCGAGGACAUCCAGAACUUCAUAAAGACAGUGGAGAAGGAGAAGAAGAAAUAAUGACUGGAAACUAUUAAGCAGAUGGAAAGAAGUAGGUUUCAGUGGAGAGCAAGAAGUAGACAAGAGAGAGUUGUGAUUCUUUAAAAGUGAGGUAAGCGAUACGUUUCUCUCUGUGUUGGAUUCAAUGAUCAAGUAUAGCUCUGUUUUGAUUAUUCCUAGUCAUACUUAAUCAAUAUUAAGAUGUUAAGUGUAUAAGCAGAAUAAAACAUAACUCGGCCAGUGAGAGCGAAAGCAUUAUUCAUGAUUUAUCAUGUUGGCCACAAACGUUCAAAGCCUCUAGUAUGGAUUGAACGGGUAUUGAAGUUGUGGUACUGUGCUGUGGGAUUUAAUUUGGAGCCAUAUCACCUGUCCUAAAAUUCAAAGCUUUGUGUUGAAUAAAGUCAGGAAAGUUCACUCUCUCUCUCCUGUUGAUCUGCACAAGAUUUUGGUCGUACCUGAAUAUUCCUUCAGCCUUGCAGUCGAACAUUUCCUGAACAGCAGCAGAUGGGAGGGAGGGGGGCGUGUUGUUCUGACAGCUGAGACAAGGGACCAGGCAUUUCUCUGACUCAAACUACAAACAUGGCUGCCACACGUUUGCUCUAAACCUUUUUAAAGGUCACAUGUUAUACAAAAUACACUUCACCAUGUUGUUCUAACACUAACAUGUGUCUCUAGUCUGUCUACAAACCCCCCAUGAGAAAUGAUGAGAAAAGUUCAUCCUCUCCGUCUUUUGCCUGCUCCACUUUUUCAGAAAAUGUGUUCUCAAACAGGCCGUUUGGAGAUUUUCCCUUCAUGACAUCACAAAGGGCAGUAACCCCUCCCCCAGGUGGGUGACACUCCUACAGCUAGGUGUUUGUUCUGCCCUCUGAGUCUGCCUUCUCAUCGUAAACAAUAGAACAUGGAGCGAGAAAGCCAGAGACACCCAAGCCCUUCCAGAGAGGGGGCGUGGUCAAACACAGCUCAUUUACAUAUUUAAAGGUACAGACACAGAAACAGCCUGUUCUGAGCAGGGCUGAAAUAGAGGGGUUUAUAGGCAUGAUCAAAUACAGGAUCAGAGUGGAUUUAGAACAAGAAACUUCACACACAUGUUUUGAGGAGCUCUGAGACUUAUUUAAACUGGUUGAAGAGGAGGAGAAUAUGUGACCUUUAAUUAUUUUUUCUUUUCAGAAUAUUUUUAACUCAUUUUAAAGUCACGGUCACAUGUAUUCUGUUACCACAGACAGUAAGAGGGGGGUUUAAAAAGUGCCUUACACCCACAUGCACAGCAGGGCGUGACUGAAAUGUUUUAAACCUGUAGGUGAUGUCCCGAUCGCUAUGACUAGUGUGUGUUAACAAACAGUUGAAUACAAGCUGCUGCUUGGAUCACGGUGGCCUUUGAUUGAUCUGCCCAUGUUUGUAACAUGCAGAGUUACGUGUAUGUAAUCAGUUCACUUUGAUUUGCUACAAAGAGUAGGAGCACUGCUUGUAAGUACAUAUUGAUUCAAAAUUUUUAUUUUUGGGCCUUUUAUGCCUUUAUUUAUAAAUAGGACAGGCUACAGGUGCCCCGGAUACAUAUUCAUUUGAUAUGUAGUGAUCAUGAAGGCAGAGUUGAAUCAUUAUCAGUGCUGCUCAUGCUGAAGAAGUGUAAUACAAUCUGUAAUGCUGUUUGACAUGUUGUUUUCAUAUGAUGAUUAUAUGUUGUGAUAAAACGAGCAGUCGACGACAUUUCAUUUCACACAAGUGACUAAAUUGAAUUUGUUCUUGUUAUGCUUAGAUGACCAGAAGGAUGUGUUCUUGCUCAGACUUUGACAUGUUUGUUCUGUUGUGGACCAAAUAAAAUGUACACUGAGUACUGUUCUGUUUUAA